GUGGAGAGUUUGCUUUUGGGUAUCUACUAUUCCUGCUGCCUUGCUAGCUCUUUUGAUGGAGUUCUCUACAGAGUCUCCACACUGGCUUUACAAGAGAGGAAGAAUUGCUCAAACAGAAUAGGAACUCGAGAAGCUUUUUGGAGCAGCACAUGUUAAAUCUGCAAUGGCAGAAUUGUCAAAAUCAGAUAAUAGAACUGAUGGAAUGCUGUUAUUGCUGCAAAGGCUUUUUCAGAUUCGUCUUGACAUUUUCUUUAGGUGCUGGGCCUGUCCCUGGUCUGCUCCUAUCAGAAAUACUACCGAGCCGGAUUAGGGCUAAGGCGAUGGCUGUGUGCAUGUCUGUACACUGGGUGAUCAAUUUUUUUGUUGGAUUAUUGUUUCUGAAUCUGCUGCAAAUGCUGGGGCCACAAAUUCUGUACACAAUCUUUGGCACCUUUUUUGAUUGAUGGCUGCAGUUUUUGGGAAAAAGAAUGUUAUAGAAACUAAAGGGAAGUCGCUGCAAGAAAUUGAAAUGGCACUCGUUCCGGUUGAUUAGCAGCAGCGAUGGAGCCAGCGUAAGCCAAGUCGCCGCCCCAGCGGGCACUGGAGUCUGGACC